AUGGAGUAUUCUCCUAAAUUCUUUUUCGCCUUUCUUCUUCUCUUGAUUCCUUCCUUCGCUUCAUCCCUCCAACAAAACCAGGUUUACAUUGUGUAUUUUGGGGAACACAGUGGUGAGAAAACGGCCCAAGAGAUUGAAGAACACCACCAUUCUUACCUGUAUUCAGUGAAAGAUACCGAGGAAGACGCCAGGUCUUCUCUUAUUUACAGUUACAAGCACAGCAUCAAUGGCUUUGCCGCGAAACUCUCUCCGGAGGAAGCCCAAAAACUAUCAGAAAAUGAUGAAGUGGUAUCUGUGUUACCAAGUAAGCAAUACAGUGUGCAUACAACAAGAUCAUGGGAGUUUGUGGGGAUAGAAAGGUCUCCAGGGCUUGAAGGCAAGGUUGACAAAGACGAGUUGAUCGUCAAAGCCAGAUAUGGAAAGGAUGUCAUUGCUGGUGUUCUUGAUAGUGGGGUGUGGCCAGAAUCUGAGAGCUUUAGUGAUGAAGGGAUGGGUCCGAUUCCAAAAAGAUGGAAAGGAGCCUGUGCAACCGGGGAUAAUUUCAAGUGUAACAAGAAAAUAAUUGGUGCCCGGUUCUAUAUUAAAGGUUAUGAAAGCUACUACGGCCCUUUGAAUAGGACUUUGGAUUCCUACUCCCCCAGGGAUGUUGAUGGUCAUGGAUCUCAUACUGCAUCCACAGUUGCGGGGCGCAGGGUCCCAAAUGUUGCGUCAGCUGGAGGAUUUGCCCGUGGCACGGCUUCAGGAGGCGCGCCGCAUGCACGCCUGGCGAUCUACAAAGUUUGUUGGGCAAUUCCAGGACAAGAAAAAUCAGAUGGGAACACAUGUUUUGCCGAGGAUAUGCUUGCAGGGAUUGAUGAUGCCAUCAAUGAUGGCAUUGACGUGCUGAGCGCUUCCAUUGGCGCACACGAACCUUAUGAAUACUACUAUGAUUUUAUCGCGAUUGGGGCACUUCACGCCAUCAAGAAGAACAUUGUGGUGUCUUGCAGUGCUGGGAAUGACGGUCCUAAGGCCUCUACGUUGUCUAAUCCCGCCCCCUGGAUCCUCACAGUUGGUGCCAGUAGCAUGGAUCGUACUUUUGUUGCAGAUAUCCAUCUAGGGAAUGGAAAAAAAGUUAAGGGCCAAACAAUAACUGCUUACAAGCUGGAAAACAAGAUGUAUCCCUUAGUUCGUGCUGCUCAAGUUGCUCAUUCCAAUGUGGCAAAGAAUAUGACAGAUCAGUGCUUGCCUGGAUCACUUGAUCCUAAGAAGGCCAGAGGAAAGAUCGUGAUGUGCCUCAGAGGAGCUGGACUCAGAGUUGGCAAGGGACAAGAAGCUAAAAGGGCCGGAGCUGUUGGUUUCAUAUUGGGUAACAGUAAAGCCAAUGGAGAGGAGCUGUCAGUCGACGCUCAUGUUCUCCCAGCCAAUGCAGUUGGUUACAAGAACGCGAUGAGAAUCCUCAAGUACAUAGAUUCUACCAAGAAUCCAAAGGCAUAUAUAGGACUAGCCAAAACUGUAUAUAAGGAUGUCACUGCACCAUUUAUGGCUGCCUUCAGCAGCAGAGGUCCAAGUGUCAUUUCACCUGAUAUUCUCAAGCCGGAUAUAACUGCUCCGGGACUCAAUGUAUUGGCAGCAUGGAGCGGGGGAGCAUCGCCCACAAAGUUGUCGACAGAUCACCGAAGGGUGAAGUACAAUGUACUUUCAGGAACUUCAAUGUCUUGCCCACAUGUCAGUGGUGCUGCAGUCUUACUAAAGGCCAUCCACCCAGAUUGGAGUAGUGCAGCAAUCCGAUCUGCUAUCAUGACCACUGCUGCGUUAACAAACAACAAAGGCCAUCCAAUAACUGAUGCAUCAGGGAACGAAGCAGAUCCGUUCCAGUUUGGAGCAGGUCAUUUCAGGCCAACAAAGGCAGCAGAUCCUGGCCUCAUUUACGAUGCAUCCUAUGAAGACUAUGCUCUUUAUGUCUGCAACUUCAACAACUCUAAGAAGGUUGUUCCCCACUUUCACUGUCCUAAGAAACCACCAUCACCAGGCAAUCUCAACUACCCGUCAGUUGCAGUCCCCAAACUCAAAGGCACAGUGGUUAUUAAAAGAACGGUAACAAACGUUGGCAGCAGCACCAGCAACAGUAUCUAUUUCGCUACUGCCAAACCCCCAGUUGGAAUCUCAGUCAAAAUUUCUCCACCGAUUUUGAUAUUUAAGCAUCUUGGCGAGAAAAAGAGUUUCACCAUAACAUUCAGAGCUGAGCCAGAACUCGAAGUUGGUAAAAUUCCAAAAGGGGAGUACUUAUUUGGGCACUACAGUUGGAAUGAUGCUAAUAAUGUCUACGAUGUCCGAAGUCCUAUUGCAGUAGCAUUGGCCUAG